GUUCCAAGUUACUUGCUCGAAACGGCGGCCUCCCGCUCGCGCAACAUUCCUGGAGACUGGAGUUCCCACUUUUAAAAUCUCUCCACCUCCGCAGCACAAGGCCAAAUUCAAUUCUCCAAGCGCUCUUCCCACUUCACUCACUCACUCCCACUGAUUUCCAACUCGAACGCGGUCAUGGCGAACAAGCUUAAAGUCGACGAGCUUCGGGCCGAACUCCUCAAACGCGGCCUCAGUCCCGCCGGCACUAAGCCCUCUCUGGCGCGGAGGCUUGAAUCAGCCUUGGAACAAGAGAGCCAGCCAUCAGGGGAUUCGGCCUCGGUUCGCGGUGACGGGAAACGAGCGAGGGUAUCCGGCGACGAGGAUUGCGAUGGACCUGCGAAAAUCCAAGCCAUCGAGAAGUUCCGGCAGAUGAAUGUCAAGCAAUUGCGCGAUGAAGCGAAGCUCCGUGGGUUGUCCACGGCGGGUACUAAGAAAGAACUUCUGGAGAGGCUUUCGGAAGGUUUAGCAGACGGGAGCGAUCCUGUGGAUGCUCUUGAAGGUCGUAGUAGAGAAGAAGUGAUUGGCCCGGAGAAAAUUGUGACUGCAACUAAGAAAGGGGCUGCCGUACUCGAUGAGUAUCUCCCGGAUCAGAUCAAGUCACACUUUCACGUUCUCCAAUUGGGUGAUGACGUAUAUGAUGCCACAUUGAAUCAGACAAAUGUUGGGAAUAACAACAACAAGUUUUACGUCAUCCAACUCUUAGAGUCUGAUGAUGGUGGAAGAUACAUGGUAUAUAAUAGAUGGGGCAGAGUUGGGAUUAAAGGUCAAGAUAAAGUAUUUGGGCCCUACACUUCACGAGAGUCUGCCAUUGAUGAGUUUGAACAGAAGUUUUAUGCCAAGACAAAGAACUAUUGGUCUGACCGAAAAGAUUUCCAAUGCCAUCCGAAGUGCUAUACCUGGCUGGAGAUGGAUUACGGGAAACAAGAGAAAGAAGCAGUAGUAAGUUCCUCUCUGGCAACUUCUGCUGGAAAACAGCCUCAGGAAACACGGCUUGACCUACGCAUUGCUAAGUUUAUCUCGCUCAUCUGCAACACUAGCAUGAUGGCACAGCAGAUGAUGGAAAUAGGAUACAAUGCUAAUAAAUUACCUCUUGGUAAGCUCAGCAAGGCAACAAUAUUGAAGGGCUAUGAAGUCUUAAAAAGAAUUGCAGACGUAAUUGUUACAGCUGACAGGUCUACACUGGAGCAAUUAAGCGGGGAAUUUUACACCGUUAUUCCUCAUGAUUUUGGAUUCAAAAAAAUGCGUGAGCUCUCUCUCUCUUCCACACACAUACAAAUAGACACAAACAAUAGGGUUGAAGCAUUGGGCGAAAUUGAGGUUGCAACUAAGUUGUUGCAGGGUCAAACAGGGAUGGAGGAAGAUCCCUUGUAUUCUUGCUACCAGCGUCUGCACUGUGAAUUGACACCUAUCGAAGUUGAUUCCAAGGAGUACUCUUUGGUCGCAACUUAUAUGAGUAAUACUCAUGCAAAAACACAUUCGCAGUACACAGUUGACAUUGUUCAGAUACUCAAGGUCUCACGAGAGGGUGAUGCAGAGCGUUUCAGAAAGUUCUCCAGCAUGGAAAACAGGAUGCUAUUGUGGCAUGGUUCCCGCCUUACGAACUGGACUGGCAUCCUAUCUCAAGGCUUGCGUAUUGCUCCUCCUGAAGCUCCUGUAACGGGUUAUAUGUUUGGCAAGGGUGUCUAUUUUGCUGAUAUGUUCUCCAAAAGCGCAAAUUAUUGCUACGCAAGUCGCGCAGCUUCAUCUGGUGUCCUACUCCUAUGUGAGGUUGCACUGGGUGAUAUGGUCGAGCUUUCAGGAGCCAAGUAUGAUGCUGAUAAGUUGCCUCCUGGAAAGCUAAGCACGAAGGGUGUGGGUGAAACAGCGCCAGAUCUUUCAGAAGCAAGGGCACUCGAAGAUGGUGUAGUCGUCCCCCUUGGAAAACCGAAACAGCAAGAAGGGCGAAAGGGUUCUCUCUUGUACAAUGAGUACAUAGUCUACAACGUGGAUCAGAUCAAGAUGCGAUACGUUGUCCAAGUCGAGUUCAAAUACAAGCGCUGAGCAACUUCACUCGUCCCAUGAAUGUGAUCUGUAAAGUUUGUAGGUGAGAGAGAUCUCGUCGAGAUACACGAAUGCUGUGCUACCAACACGGAUUUGGACGGCGAAUGAAUGGAGCAUGAGGGGCUUUAAAUUUUGUGUCCUAAUCCUUGAUCUUGUGUAUAUCAUUGGAUAGUCGUGUAUGUGGUUAAAAGCUGAGAUAUUUUACCAAGAAAAAAAAAUGCAGAAGAAGCUGAGAUAUCCUUAUUGGAUGAUAUAUAAGCUAUCACUAUGUCUGUAAGAAAGUCUGUUAGGAUUUCAGAGCCACAGCGCUACGGAGCUCGAGGGAUUUCAAAUAAUUCAAACUGUUUUAAGAAAGAAAUAUCCAAAUUAAAUACCU